CAACUUGUCAAUGUCAACACGCUUGAAACUAGAAAUUUGAAAUGAAAUUCGAACCAGGAAAUUAAAUUUGAAUUUUGGUUAGGAUCACGUUUAGUACCUAUUUUAAGUUUCUAAAAUCUUUUGAAACCUUUGUUUUACCAUUUUGAUUUUGUAGUUCAAGUUUGAUAUUGAACUUUGUGAAUAUUUUAAUGUAUUGUGUAUUAUUUAAGCAAUAAAAGCAACAAUGGAAAAUUGGCAAGAGAAGAAAAAUCUUAUAACUCGCAACUUGCAAGAAGUGUUGGGUGAUGAAAAACUCACAGAAAUUUUGAAACAACGUGACCUCAGUCUUUAUUGGGGUACUGCUACCACAGGUCGUCCUCAUGUAGCUUAUUUCGUCCCCAUGUCCAAAAUUGCUGACUUUUUAAAAGCAGGAUGUGAAGUUACAAUUUUGUUUGCUGACUUACAUGCUUACUUGGACAAUAUGAAGGCACCUUGGGAUUUGUUAGCCUUACGAACUCAGUAUUAUGAAGCAGCCAUCAAAGCUAUGCUAACAUCUAUUGGAGUUUCACUUGAAAAAUUAAAGUUUGUAAGGGGUACGGAAUAUCAGCUAAGUAAAGAAUACACAUUGGAUGUGUAUCGUAUGUCGUCUGUUAUUACUGAACAUGAUGCUAAAAAAGCUGGAGCGGAGGUUGUAAAACAGGUUGAUCACCCGCUGUUAAGUGGGCUCUUGUAUCCAGGUCUUCAAGCUCUUGAUGAAGAGUACUUGAAGGUUGAUGCUCAAUUUGGUGGAGUGGAUCAGAGAAAAAUAUUUACAUUGGCAGAGAAAUAUUUACCUAACUUGGGCUAUGCGAAAAGAGUACAUCUCAUGAAUCCAAUGGUGCCUGGUCUCACAGGAGGAAAGAUGUCAGCAUCUGAAGAAGACAGCAAAAUUGAUUUACUUGAUAACCCUGCUGCUGUAAAGAAAAAGCUUAAAAAGGCUUUCUGUGAGCCAGGUAACAUAACAGAAAAUGGAAUAUUAUCUUUCACAAAAUUUGUCAUAUUCCCAUUAAUGAAAGCUGAUGAUAAAUUUUUGAUAUGUAGAGCAGAAGCACAUGGUGGUAAUGCAGAGUAUUCUAAUUUUGAAGAUUUGGAAGCUGCAUUUGCAAAGGAGGAAAUUCAUCCUGGAGAUUUGAAAGCAUCAGUAGAAGCAGCCAUCAAUAAGCUUCUGGCACCUAUACAAGAAAUAUUUAAAGAUCCUAAAUUAGUAGAACUGACUAAGAAAGCUUAUCCACCACCAUCAAAAGUUAAGGGAAACUUGGGAAGUGCUGGUACAGAUGAAGUAACACCAAGCAAACUUGACAUUAGAGUUGGUCGUAUCGUAGAAGUGUCAAGACACCCUGAUGCUGACGCCCUCUAUGUUGAAAAAAUAGAUGUAGGUGAAAGUGAACCUAGAACUAUUGUAUCAGGGCUAGUAAACUUUGUGCCUAUAGAGGAAAUGCAGAAUAGAGAUGUAGUUGUUUUGUGCAACUUAAAGCCUGCAAAAAUGAGAGGAGUUGAAUCGAAGGGUAUGGUUCUUUGUGCAUCUAUUGAUGAACCAAAACAAGUGGAACCCUUAACCCCACCAAAAGAUAGUAAGCCAGGCGACAGAAUUGUUAUAGAAAGCUAUGAAACUGGUGAACCUGAUGAUGUUUUGAAUCCUAAGAAAAAAGUGUGGGAGAAACUACAGGCUGAUCUGAAAACAUCUGAAGACCUAUUAGCUGUAUGGCAGGGAAAUAAAUUAGUUAACAAAGUAAAUGGUAAUCCAGUCACAACAAAGUCUAUGAAAAAUGCUCCAAUCAAGUGAUUUUAUUAUUAUAAGUUUAUAAGUACAGCUAUUUUCUUGCUUUGCAUUUACAUUUAUAUGUAAAUAAUAUCUGACUCACUUUAAAAAUGAUUAAUAAUACUUAAUUUAUUGUAAAGAUUUUGUUUGAUUAAUAUUUCUUCUUUUUAAUGGCUUUUGCAGUUACUGAUUUUUUUCAGUAUAAUUAAUAUCUUAAUCAUGCUCAUUAUGUAACUGGGUAAUGUUAUUUUUCUAUUUUAUAAAUAAGAAUAUUAUCAAUAAUAGAGUAAAAUGUUGUUCAAUUAAAAAUAUAUAUUUAAAUUAGAAUAUAUUACAAAUAUGUAUUUACAUUUUUGUGAACAAAGUACCAUUUUACUAAAGUGCAGGCUUGCUUUGCUGGACUAAUUAUUCUGAUUAUUGAAAAUACAGGUAUUUGUCAUCUUUU